AGUCAAGUCAGUCAUAAUCGCCUGCCUAACCUUAAAUUUAGCUACUACACUGUAGUAUGUGAAUAGCAGCAGGCCACACGAAUUUCGCUCUUCUUAUUGAUUUCUUUAGACGGCUCUUAUUUACAAUAUUCACGGUUUUGUCAGCCAGUAGUGGCAUUUAGGCGUGAAAGUAGACAUAUUGGUAUUUCAGUUAGCGUGUGAUAACUUGUGCAACGACUUCAGAUACGAGCAAGGUCUCGGGACAAGGCAUCACCUUUUGGAAGGACAGAUUUGACACAACUUUCAGACACAUUUUCACCAGGUUGAACUCUUCGAUAGCUUCUAUGUUCCUUCUAUAGGCUAGUGUUGGACUGUCCUCUUGGCGUAUGUGUCUGUUUGUCACAUUCCCUCUGGAAGUCUAUGGAGAGAAUUAUUUCAACUUGGAUGUUAUCCUCACGCGACUCUGGAUUUAGUUACGUACUGUGAGAGGUACACGCGUAACCCCCAGAGACCAGACAUUGAAUGUUGACUUUACGACAAGAGUAGUCGAAAACACCUGACUUUACCCGAUUUGAAUGCCUGUGCAAGGAUUUUGUUGGUUUCUGUGCUGCAGGCAGGGUUUCAAUUUGCUCGGACGGGACUAUGGGGAGAAAGAGGAGGAAGAAUCGUUUGAGUUGCGCAACAAGGAGGAUCUGACUUGCAACGGACGUGGUCCACUUGAGGUGACUCUCUCUCAGCCGACUCGCACGGCCAAUGGGACAAACGGACACAGUCUGUCAGAGGUUCCUGAUGAGAUGAAGAGUCUGAUCAUAGAGAAGAGCAAGAUGGGCCUUGAAGAAGACCCCGAGCUGCUGGUCAAAGGCUGGCUGUUCCGGGAGGUGCGUGGAAGCUGGAUCAAGCAGCGAUGCUACUGGUUUGUACUGAGCCAGGACUCCUUAGACUACUACAGCAGCUCAGAGAGAGGAGCCCGCAGACUGGGAACACUGGUGCUCACCAACCUCUGCUCUGUCAUCUGGCCAGACAAACAGACCUUCAAGGAGACGGGGUACUGGAGCAUCACAGUGUAUGGGCGUAAGCACUGCUACAGGCUGUACACCAAGCACUUCAACGAGGCUGUGCACUGGGCCUGCGCUGUCCAGAAGGUCAUCGACACAAAAGCCCCCGUGGAGACGCCCACUCAGCUCCUGAUCAGAGACAUUGAGGAGAACAAGUUUAACCCUGAGGUGGUAGAUAAUAUGUACCAGCACAACCCCAUCCUGAAGCACACCCAGAGCCCCCUGUAUGCCCCCCUGUUGCCCUUCCCUUACGGCAGCCUGGAACACACCUACCACAGCGGUAAGGGCUACGCCACGGUGCGGGAGGAAGCGGUGAAGCUCUUCAACUGUCUGCAGCAGCUGGAGUCUGCGCGGGACCCGGUGCCUCUGAUCCAGGGCGUGCUGCAGACCUGUCUGGACCUGCGGCCACUCCGGGAUGAGGUCUACUGCCAGCUGGUGAAGCAGACCAGCUGCACGCCGCAGCCCCACACCGCCGCACACCUCCGCUACUGGCAGCUCCUCACCUGCAUGAGCUGCACCUUCCUGCCCGGCCCCGCCGUGCUUAAAUACCUGCGCUUCCACCUCAAGAGGAUCCAGAGCCAAUUUCCGGAGUCUGAGAUGGAUAACUAUGCGUCGUUCAUCGGGGAGGCUCUGGAGAAGACACGGUGUCGGGAAUGUGUUCCCUCCUGGGAGGAGAUCCAGGUGCUGAUGGGGAGACAGGAGAUGCUGUGUACAGUUCACUACCCGGGACCAGGCUCCUGUCAACUCCACAUCAGCUCACACACCACCGCCAACGAGGUGGUAAGGAGGAUGUUGGAGAAGCUGGGUCUGAAGGAGAGCAGAAACACUUUUUCCCUGUUUGAGCAGAACGCCCACUGGGAGAGAGCUGUAGGGGGCAGCACCAUCAUCGCUGACAUCCUCACCAGGUUUGAAAACUACCCACCUAUCAGCUACCCACCCAUCAGCUACCCACCCAUCAGCUACCCACCUAUCAGCUACCCACCUAUCAGCUACCCACCCAUCAGCUAUCCACCCCAUCAGCUACCCACCCAUCAGCUACCCACCCAUCAGCUACCCACCUAUCAGCUACCCACCUAUCUCUGAAAAUCAUCCCGUUUUGAUUUCUAAUUACCAUAUAUUUCUCAACUGUUCUGUAAUGUUUCACAAAAGUUCUGAACCUUUCUGUCCUCCUAGUUUCUGUAGUUAGUGUCGUUUGUGUUGUUCUUCUCCUGUGGUCCAGCUCGCAUGCUGUAAAUGAACCAAGUCCCUGAUAACUGCUGGCCUUGCCGUCUCAUUUUGUCAAUCACAAACCGACACCAUGCUGGGAAAGUAGUGGGCUUGUGUCACCAUGUCUGUCUCUCUGCAGUCAGGGCACCAACUGUACUCUCAAUGUGACACCGAUGUCAUGUGCUUGUGUAAGGACUCUGUGUCGCAGAUAAGGAGUGAAUUCAGCUGGAAUAGAAGGGCUCGGCGUUGUUCUAAGAGGUGCGCGUGUGUCU